CAUCAGCGGGGCGGUGCGCAUAGCGGGAUAAAGCCACACUGUAUUUCGUCCACCAAAAAAAAAAAAAAAACGAUUGAGGAAAGGGGGGUACAUACCACCAUUUUCCAGAGUUACAAUAAGUUCACCGGCCUGGUGUGUCUGAUCCCUCCGGCUCUCCGUGUCUGCAGACAACCGGGAACUUAAGGAACUAAAACAGGGACGGUGCCAGCAGAAUAUAGGUGCUCUGUCAAUAUCACACAGGGAAGAUCGAGGCGACAUUUCCCCAGAGGCACUCUUCCAAGUGUUGGAAACUUCCCAGCGAAGCAUCGAUCGAGGACCCCCCGCCCACUUUACCUCUGAUCCACAAUCCUGGAAGGAGGGAGAGAGUCCUGCAGCCGCUGCGGUGGAUGGAGCAACAAAGGGUAGAUGGUUAAACUGCUUUGAUAAGAACACUCUACACAAGACUCCGUCACCUUAUCGCAUACUCUGUCGCUGUAAUUGGAUCUCAUUUUUGGGAGAUCCGGCCAGGUUCCACUUAGUGCAAACUCUGCGCCAGCCAAACAAAAAAAGGAAAUCGCCGCAGAUGUGAAAUUGAUGCUUUGGUACGGAGAAGCGCAACACCGAUCUUACAGUUUUGCCAAAGUCUCCUACUGAUCAGUGAGGGACUAGUUCGAGCCGAAGUGGGAUUUGCAGAAGUUGCAUGCUUGGUCUUUGUCGUCUCGAGUGAGCCCCGUUCACCCACUCUCAGUUUAUCAGACCGGAUCCGGAUAGUUGAGGUGCCAUGGCGAUGUGUGUGGGGAUGUGGAUACUCCUGCUAGCCCUUCACGUCCAAGCUGGCGACGGGCAGAUGGUGCAGAUGGACUCCAGUAAGUCUGGCUUUGUGGGAUCACAAGUUGAACUGCGCUGCAUCUUCAUCAACAGUAACCCUCCCGUCAAGAUCUCUCAAGUCACCUGGCAGAAGCUACUCAACGGCACCAAACAGAACGUAGCCAUUGCCAACCCAGCCCUUGGUGUGUCUGUCCUUCCGCCCUUUAAGGAGCGUGUCACCUUCAAGCAGGCGGCAGUUCGCCACCGCACACCCUCGCUGGAAGACACCACCAUCGUGUUCUCCAGUCUGCAGCUUUCUGAUGAAGCUGCCUACAUCUGCGAGUACACUACGUUUCCCGCAGGAAACCGGGAAAACAUGGUCAAUCUCACUGUAUUUGCCCGUCCUACGACACGUAUGACCCUGACGACACCCACGAUCGUGGCCAGGUCCUCGAAACGCAAGAUGACUGUUGCCACUUGUGUAUCGGCCAAUGGGAAGCCCCCAAGUGUGAUCAAAUGGGACACCAGGUUGAAGGGCGAAGCCACUUUCCAGGAGACACGCAAUCAAAAUGGGACUGUGACGGUAAGGAGCAACUACGUGGUGGUGCCAAGCCGCGAGACCCACAAACAGAAGCUGACGUGUAUCGUGACGUACCGGAGUGAAAGGAUCACAGACAGCGUGGUGCUCAACGUGCAGUACGAACCCGAGGUGAAGAUCGAGGGCUUUGAUGGAAACUGGUACCUGAACCGUCAGAAUGUUCAGCUGACCUGCAAGGCCGAGGCUAACCCCCCUGUCACCAUCUACCAGUGGAAACUCUUGAAUGGCUCCCUGCCCAGUAAUGUGGAGGUCAAGAACAACAGCCUGUUCUUCAAGGGACCUGUGACCUACGACCUGGCCGGCACCUACGUCUGCGACGCGACCAAUGGCAUCGGGACUCGCACUGGCAUUGUGGACGUCAACAUCACAGAAUUCCCUAACAACCCGCCAACCAGGCUCCCUGAUACCACGCCAAGCCAGCACAAUGCAGGUGCCGCCAUCGGGGGCGCUGUGGGGGGAGUCGUCCUGUUGGGGGGGGCAGCCAUACUGCUCUUCGUAUUCCUGCGCCGCCGCCAGCGCACCUUCAAAGGAGACUACAGCACCAAGAAACACGUGUUCGGUAACGGGUACAGCAAGGCCGGCGGCUUGCCCGCACACCCUCCGAUCCCCAAGAACCUUCAGUACCCGGACGACUCAGACGACGAGAAGAAACCUGCCCAGAUCGGUGGACCCGCUGGGUUUGAGGCGAGUGUGCCCGAUUUUGACCCCGAGCAAGAGGACCUGAAGAGGCCCUAUUUCACUGUAGACGAAGGGGAGAGCCGAGAUUAUGAUGAGCGGACUCUGGCUUUCCAGUAUAACCCUGAACCUGAGAUAGCCGAUGAUAUGAUCUCUCAAACCGACGGCUCUGUCAUUUCUAAGAAAGAGUGGUAUGUUUAGUGGCAUGCAACAACCAAACCCUUUGGUCCCCUCACCUGCAUUCCACUGCACCUUUCACCUCCAUCACCACCCCACCCUCCCUUUUGUCAAGCUGCACACUUCACACUCCCCUGUCCUCUUUUGGUCAACCUAGUAUCCCCCUCCCCCUUGACUCCCCCCACAUCAGACCCCAUCCAAAAUAAUCUCAAUUAGAAAAUCGAGCGUCUAUUUAAAGUGCUAGCAACAUCAACUUCUCAACAUGACAGCAUUGGUAUCAGUUCCAUCAAGUGAAUGGGCAAAGAGUACAAACUAAGGUAUGUACUGUAAAGGGACUCGAGUACGAGUCCAGACAAGUGAUCGGUUGAUUAAUAAUGGUGUAAUAUUCUUUUUGUGUAAUUUUCCAUGUUAUAAGUGUAUUACAUGUAUAAAAAGAGCAGGUUGAGGUUUUGCUGAGCACACUUGUGAAAGUCCUACACUGGAUGUGCGGAUUUAUUUCUGUUUUUUUUAUUACCAUUGCCUUUUUUGUUAUUUUUAUAAUGUCUUUUUGUAUGAUUUUAAAUGAGCAGAGAUACGAGAGUUAAAUGUUCAACAUAAUUACAGGUGGAGUUCUAUGUGUUUGUAAUUGUGUGUCAAAUGUUUCAGAGAAAAGAAAAAAAACGCCAUACAGCACCUGUGUCAUUUCUCACUGGGGUUAGCGUCCAUGAAACUCAUUUUGUACAGCAUUUACAGCAGAUGUGUUAUGUGCUGUGUUCCAAAGACAUGACUAGUAUUUCUUGAUCCCCCCUGUGUGUAUAGGCUUGGCUUAACUUAACUGGGAGGGAGUCAGCCUACUGAGCCACGUGGCAGAUACAAAUUGAGAGUUUCCAAUAAUUUUCCCCUUCAAUUUAAAUAAUGCUAAAUAUGUUUCCACAUCAGUGAAUUAGAGAAACAGGAGACAGAAGGGCUGCAACAAAUUCUACUUUUCAUUGGUGCAUCAAAAUCACGUCCAAAUAAGGUUUGUUGAGUCUCUGUGUCAUAAAAAACCUUCAAUAAUGCUCUGAAAUAUCAUGAUUGUCACUUGACCAGGUUGACCUGUGCACACAAGCUCUCGAUCUUACCACUAUAAUGAAAUGUCUGUUUUUUUCUGUGUUGAGUUGUCAUAAUUAUGUUGUUCUAACCCUACUUUUAUCAAAUGGAUGUCAGAGAAAAGUGUCUGAGGAAUUUCCCAAAUAAUGACUCUGCCUCUCCUUAUAAUAUGUGGCUGUGUGCUGAAAGAGUUGGCUUAAGCCCUUACUCCAACAGCAUUUUCUAUGAGGAGACGUCCAUGGACACAAAGGACACGGAUAGGAGGAUAAUGUCAACAGAUGCUUAAAUUUGCAUCUACAGAGAGAACAUUUAACAUGUAAAGGGAAUUGAAAAAUGAAUGGUGGCCAUGCUGGAGUAUAAAAAGUCACCUGCUGCUUUCAUUGGGUUUAUUUUUCCAUCAGUUUUUUUUUUUUUCUUUCUCAAAUGAAACUCUGUAUGGGGGAUUUUAAAGGAACAAAUGGUUGUCCUUUUCUUAGUUAUCUGAAUCUGCCAAUAGGGCUGUGUUAUAAAGGAUGUGUCUAGCUUUUUUAAAUCACUGUUUAUAAGUGCCAGUGGACGACACCGGAUUGUCCAUUACACAAUCAGCAAAAUGCAUUUGCUUGGAACAAAAAAAAAGUUCAAUGUGAAAUAUCCGAUUAAACCGAAGCAAAGCAGUACAUCCGUGGAUGUAGGCGUCACAUCUGACUGGCUCUGAACAAUAUAAAUAUGUUAUUAAGCCUUAUUUUCUGCAUGUUUUUAUGUUGGAGUGGAUGUCGGUACGUUUGCAAUUUGGUUUCGGUAUCAAUUACAGUGUGUUUGUUCUCAUUUGCAGCUCGAAAGACGACACUUUGUCAGUGUUGUCGGUAACAACAAAGGUAUGGGCACACAGUACCCAGGAACAAUAUUGCAGUUUAACACACAAAAAAGUAUAUAAAGAUAUAUAUAUAUAUAAAUAAAGAUGAAAAAAUAACAUCUCCCUGGGAGCAGACUGCUGGAGAUGUGAAUGUUUUACAGUCCAUGCUUGUCUACUGUAUGUUUUUAGAUGAGCAUGUUAAUCAUGAGCCUCAAUUUAUAUUGUAUUUUCAACACAAGAUUAACAUUACAAAAGUGGGAGAUAAUAUUCUUAUCAAAAGCCUGUUGAUUUCAGUUAAGUUUCAUUUUCUACUGCCUUAUUUCUGUUUUUGUUCAGUGUAUCCACUAGAGAUUGAGAACAUACACGGGGCUGGCAGGUUUUAUCGAGAGAAGACUAAACAACAGUAGCGUCUGGGUUGCUACUUUAAAAGUGCAAAAGCAAAUCCCAAUUAUAUUGCCUUUAUUUUAUCGUUCACUUGAUAAAAGGUGAACGGCUUUGCUGAAGCUUCUUCUUUUUAAUUCUACAGACAUAUCACAGCAUAAUAGAGACUAAACGUUUUUAUCCUUUUGUGCAUUCAGUGCCUAUCAAAGACAGGAGACAGAUGCUGCUCCAGCGUUUUAAGUUAUUCAUGCAGUAGAAUAACAUAAAGAGUAAUAUUGAAAUCUGACACGGACUGCAUACCUCUUAAAAUCAGACAAAUGAUCGUUGUAUUGUAGUUAGUGUAGUGGGGAUGUUAUUCAACCCUGAGCUCCGAUGCGAUACUAACAUUGCGAUGUGUCUUGAUCUUUAAAUCAAUUCAUCUCUUAGAAGCGGCUUUCAUUACCAUUUGAGCGUUUAAUGAUUGCUUCACGGUGACACAGCACUUUUUCUCUCUUAUCAAUAAAGACCCUAAAGAGAUCAAACUUUUAGUCCCACAUGGCUGACUUUUCUAAGCACAACAAUUGAGACAUGAAGUCUAAUGAAAACGGAUUUAAACCCAAAUAAAAUACUUUGGCCCCAAGCAGAGAUCUGAUCGACUCUUUUCAAAGCACAACUCUAGGGUUUCAUUUCACCUUUUUUCUGCAUCCAUUAGAAAGCCACUGCCACACUUGCUUCUAAGAAAACGUUAGAGAAAGGAAAAACCCUUUGGAGUGGACAUUCUGUAUACUGGUAGAUGUUAACAUUGUCUUCAUGUUGUCGGGGUGUUAUGAGUUUCUAUUUUGUAAUAAAAUGACUGUAACUUCAUUCCAUCCUAAUCUACUUUUUGUAUUCAGUAUGUUUAACAUUCCACUGUAAAUAUUGUAUAUACGGUUGAGAUUAUAGUUGGGAUUUAUUUAGGGACAACUGCGUAGGGACCCUGUCAUGUAAAAUAUACCUAUUUUGACUGCAAACAUAGAGACCUGGUGAUGGAUAGAUGAAGUCGAUGGAUAGCUUAUUUCCAAAGUCGGACCCUAGAAACGCUCCUCCAGUACGUUUUUUUUAAAUGCCACUAGCAGCUUCACUGUCAUACAAAAGGAGUGACGCAUACAGUUUGUCGAUUUAAUGUUAUUGAAAGAAAAAUCAAAAGAGAGAAAGUGUCUGUAUGCAGCCAUGUGAAUGUAUAUUUCUGAGGGUGUUACAAAUAUGAAAAAAAAAAAAUCUAUUGUUCAAUUGUGAUGACCCAGUGAAGUAACUUGUAUUUGUUUUAAGCAUUAAAUGAGUUCAAUAGUCAAAAAGGUUCUGUCCCAGUUCCCUGAUUGGAUAGAUUGACCGAAUAUUGUUCACGUGUGUAACACAUUUAUUAUCCCUGUGUAUUGAUUUUGGUAAUUGCAGCUCUUGUACCCCUGUCGCCUCAUGCAGGUGCUUAUUUGGAUUUAUUUUUCAGCGAAAUCACCUUCUGUGAGCCUUAAGUGUAAAACAUAAAAAGGUUUGUUCUUCAAAUAAAUGUUCCUUCAGGUUUAACAAUUCUACACAUGGUGAGGCCAAUAUAUAAACCCAUAUGUUGCUCUGCUCCUAUCCAGCUAUUACACAGAGCCACAUGGCUGUAUUCCACUUUUCAUUGCUGUUCCAGUUUUAAAAAGCCACUUAGGAGGCUGCAGUACUAACGCUGGAUGCCUUGGGAUGCUCUCCGUUGUUUGCUCUAGUUUCAACGCCUGAGUGCGAGACAAAUCAAACCAUUUUAGAAAAGCCAAUACAAUCAGUUAUGGUUAGGAAAUGUCCUAAAUUCAGACACAAUUUCUUAAAGGUGAUGACUUUUUUUGUUGCCAAAACUGCUGUUGUUACAGAGAAAAGGUCCUUUUAAAAUUCUGAAAUGAUUGCAGUGUAGUAUCGUGGUAAUCAUUUUAUGUCAGGCUAAUACAUUCAUAUAAAAAUGGAUGCAUAUAAUCUAAAACAAAAUUAAUCCAGUGGUUAUACAGUAUCUUUUUGAGAGUUUUUCCCUUUAAUUGGAUAGUAAAAAAAUGCCAGGCAGAUGCUGAUAUUGAGUUCAGCGCUUAAUGAAGCUGCAAUGAUAUGAUGAGAGAGGCUCAGUGUAGAGUCAGACAGAUCUGUCUCAGACUGUGGGACUCAAGUGCAGACAUCUGCACCGUGCACAUUAAGAACAGCCCAGAGUUUGCAGCUGUUGCCAUCCAUUUGCUAAAAGAGCCCUUUGUAGCCCAAGGGGCUUUGAUGGCACAUAGGCUUUUAACAUGCAUGGCCAUCAGUUUCCCCCCCCUCCUGACAGAGCCGCAAGUGGAGUCUUACAUUUCCUCUAUCAAAGUACUCUUAAGAUGAAAUAUGGCUGGAUUUUUGUUUUAAAAUAUGUUUCUCAUGGGCCGUAAUUCAAAAGCGAGUUUGUAAGAGCACCUCAUAUGUGAUGCUACACCAUUCAGCACAGAAUACAAACUACAGCUGGGCUGUGUUAAAGGCAGUGGAGACAAGUGAAAAGUGAUACGGCCGUGCCCGCUGUGAUUUCGCAUGUAGCUCACAUGUUCAGAUUAUAAUUCUUAAACUUUAUGGUGCUCAUAAUUUCACUCAAACAUUGUAUUUCAAGCCAAAUUGUAGUCCUAACAAAGCAACCCCGUGAGUUGAUAAGUUUCUUCACACUUUUGGGUGAAAUACAAUAGCAUUCAACUUUCUUUUGGCAGUCAGUUUGAUUUUAUAGGCCACAAUAACUCACCAGCCUUGGGAAAGACAGAUUGGUAGCUUUUGUUGGAAGAAACUUAUGGCUCCUGUGAACCGUUGAGAUGUCGAUAAGCUAAGAAGUGGAGAAAAAUAUAUCAAUAUGAAAGACUUUAGAAAAGCCAAUACCACAAGUCAUUAAACUACAGUGAUUAAAUGGUUAAUUAAUAUUUUGCAUAUGCGUUAGCAAUUUCUUCGGGCUGGAUACAGGAGGGAAGUUUUACAUAUUGAUCAGUAAGCUCGCUUUAUGCUGCACUUUGUAGCCUUUAGGCCAGUUUGUAAACAUCUCUAAAUACUGAUAUAAGACAUGUGAUCUCUUCAAAUGACUGCUGUUUCAAUUCAAGAUUCAUACUCCUCUGUGUAAGCAACAUGAAAUGUUCUCUCAGUUGUUUUCACAAGAGACCCAACAACCCUAACAUGUGUCACAGCCUGCAGAAACAUGCAUAUGUUAUAUACAAGUACCCAUGAUGUGUUAAUGCAUAAUUAUUUCUAAUAGCCUUCUCUGGAUCAUCAUUCAUGCUUCUGCAAAUAUGUUUGGUUUUGCUCUUCCUCUCUGUUUUCAAUGUGUACAGUCACAUGAGGUUGUCCUUAAUAAAAAUGUAUUACUGUAAA